AUGUUGUUAUCAAGAUCACUUGCCCUUUCCAUCUUAGCUACUUUAGGUGUCCAAGGUUUAGUCAUUCCUUCCGUCGGUGAUGUCAUCGAUGUCUUUGCUGUUAAGAAAGUUAAUGAAAAGGAACAUAAAGCUAUCGAACAACCAUCCAUUGUUAAUACUGUUGCUGGUUUAAAAAUUGACGAUAAUGCUUCUCAAGUUCCAUUCUUCACUUUAACUCAAAACACCAUUCCUCAUAGAUAUAUCAUUGUCUUAAAGGAUGGUGUUUCUAAAGAUGAAGCUGCUUUCCAUCAAGAAUGGGUUGCUUUAACUCAUACAAACUCUCUUAAUGGUUUAGAUGAAAAUCACGCUUUUUACGCUUCAACCAAAGAUUUUAAAGCUGAAGGUGGUAUUAUCGAUAAUUUCCAUAUUGAUGAUUUAUUCUCAGGUUAUACUGGUUACUUUUUAGAUUCAACCAUUGAAUUAAUUCGUAAAAAUCCUUUAGUUAAAUUUGUUGAACAAGAUUCCAUUGUUAAAGCUUCUGAAUUUGAAAUUGAAAAAGGAGCUCCAUGGGGUUUAGCUAGAGUUUCUCAUAGACAACCAUUAAGUUUAAAUUCUUUUAAUCAAUAUUUAUUUGAUAAUGAAGCUGGUAAAGGGGUUACUUCUUAUGUUAUUGAUACUGGUAUUAAUGUUGAUCAUGUUGAAUUCGGUGGUAGAGCCAAAUGGGGUUCAACUAUUCCUUAUGGUGAUGCUGAUGUUGAUGGUAAUGGUCAUGGUACUCAUUGUGCUGGUACUAUUGCUUCAUCUGCUUAUGGGGUUGCUAAAGGGGCUGAAGUUGUUGCCAUUAAAGUUUUAAGAUCAAAUGGUUCUGGUUCUAUGUCUGAUGUUGUUAAAGGGGUUGAAUUUGCUGCUCAAUCUCAUCAAGCUGCCGUUAAAGCCAAUAAAAAGGGGUUCAAGGGUUCAAGUGCUAAUAUGUCCUUAGGUGGUGGUAAAUCUCCUGCUUUGGAUUUAGCUGUUAAUGCUGCUGUUAAAGCUGGUAUUCAUUUUGCCGUUGCUGCUGGUAAUGAAAAUCAAGAUGCUUGUAAUACUUCUCCAGCUGCUGCUGAAAAUGCCAUUACUGUUGGUGCUUCUACCAUUUCUGAUGCUAGAGCUUACUUUUCCAAUUAUGGUAAGUGUGUUGAUAUCUUUGCUCCAGGUUUAAAUAUCUUAUCUACUUAUAUUGGAUCCACCACUUCAACUGCUACUUUAUCAGGUACUUCUAUGGCUUCUCCACAUAUUGCUGGUUUAUUAGCAUACUUUAUUUCUUUACAACCAGGUGCUGAAUCUGAAUAUUUCGUGGCUGCCAAUGGUGUUUCUACUGAUCAAUUAAAGAAAAACUUGAUUGCUUAUGGUUCUAAAGAUAUCUUGACUGAUAUUCCAGAUGAUGGAACUCCAAAUAUCUUAGCUUUCAAUGGUGCUGGUCACAACAUAAGUGAAUUCUGGGGUCCAGAAACUAAAGAAGUUAAACAACAAAAACAUAAAUCUAAACAUGGUAAACAUGGUAAAGAUGAAAAACACAAAUCUAAAGUUGAAACUAAAAUUGCUCAUUUAUUAGAAAACAUCAAUGCUCCAGGUUUACUUGAAGAUGUUAAAGAAUUAGUUGAUGAAGCUUACAAUAAAUUAAUUGAAAAUUAG